AUGAGCGAGAUAUUUGCCGAAGAUGCUGCCUUGGCGCGGAGAGACUAUGUCUUCAUCCCCGCCGGCCUCCUCAUUGCCGGCACCUGGAUUUGCAAGAGGGACUGGACCAUCUACGCCGCCAUUGUAGCUGUCCUGUUCGGCGCAUACAACCUGUACGCUCUCCGAAUCGUACCUGUUCUCAAGCCCGACACGUUCCAGGAGUUUGAGCUCGCAGAGAAGACAGUCAUCUCCCACAAUGUAGCCAUCUACCGAUUCAAGCUCCCCGCAAAGACCUCGAUUCUCGGCCUCCCCAUCGGCCAGCACAUCUCCAUCGGCGCCCCGAUCGAGCAGCCCGAUGGCACCACCAAGGAAAUCGUCCGCUCCUACACCCCCAUCUCCGGUGACCACCAGCCCGGCUACUUCGACCUCCUCAUCAAGUCCUACCCCCAGGGCAACAUCUCCAAGCACAUGGCCUCCCUCAUCGUCGGCCAGAGCAUCCGCGUCCGCGGCCCCAAGGGUGCCUUCGUCUACACCCCCAACAUGGUCCGUCACUUUGGCAUGAUCGCUGGUGGCACCGGCAUCACCCCCAUGCUCCAGGUCAUCCGCGCCAUCGUCCGCGGCCGUGAGAAGGGCGACCGCACCGAGGUCGACCUCAUCUUCGCCAACGUCACCGCCCAGGAUAUCCUCCUCCAGGAGGAUCUCGAUUCCCUGACCAAGGAGGACGCCGGCAUCCGCGUGCACUACGUUCUCGACAAGCCCCCCGAGGGCUGGACCGGCGGUGUCGGCUAUGUCACCGCCGACAUGAUCACCAAAUGGCUUCCCAAGCCCGCCGACGACGUCAAGGUUCUUCUUUGCGGUCCCCCUCCCAUGAUUAGCGGUUUGAAGAAGACCACCGAGAGCCUGGGCUUCAAGAAGGCCCGCCCCGUCAGCAAGCUGGAGGACCAGGUCUUCGCCUUCUAA